GGGGCUGGCCCAAGAUCUCCCCCCCUCGAAAACUCUGGAGCCAGCAAAGAAGGGAUCCACCUCUGGGACACUGGACCGUAUAAAAAGGGAGCCUAAAAACUUGACAGAGUCAGUAGGAAGUUUCUGCUGGGGUCUGGAGUGGAACUACAGAAAUCAGACCCUCCCUGUAUGACUGGACUCUAAAGCAGAACCAAGGAUACAAAGAGUCUUCAUGUCUAAUAUUUAGACAUGUUCAGCUUUGUGGAUUCCCGGUUACUGCUUUUGAUAGCAGCAACUGUUCUACUCACCAAAGGCCAAGGCGGAGAAGACAUUCCAUCUGGGACCUGCAUACAUGACGGAGUAACGUACAACGACAAAGAUGUUUGGAAACCUGUAACCUGCCAGAUAUGCGUGUGUGACAAUGGAGACAUCCUUUGCGAUGAUGUGAUUUGUGAAGAUACAGCCGACUGUCCUAAUGCUGAGAUCCCCUUGGGAGAAUGCUGUCCCAUUUGCCCUGACACCGAUGGCUCUCCAGCUUACACAGGAGCUGGUGGCGUAGAGGGUCCUAAAGGAGAUCAAGGCCCAAGAGGAGAUAGGGGACUUCCUGGCCCACCUGGCAGAGAUGGCAUUCCUGGACAACCUGGACUCCCUGGACCCCCAGGCCCACCUGGGCCCCCAGGCCUUGGCGGAAACUUCGCUCCUCAGCUGUCCUAUGGUUAUGACGAAAAAUCCGGCGGUGGGAUGGCUGUCCCUGGCCCAAUGGGUCCAUCUGGUCCCCGUGGUCUUCCUGGUCCUCCCGGUAGUCCUGGCCCCCAAGGUUUCCACGGUCCCCCUGGUGAACCCGGAGAGCCUGGUGCUGCUGGUCCUUUGGGUCCCCGUGGUCCAGCUGGCCCUCCUGGCAAGAACGGAGAUGAUGGUGAACCUGGAAAAUCUGGCCGUCCUGGUGAACGCGGUCCUCCCGGCCCACAGGGUGCCCGUGGUCUUCCCGGAACUGCUGGCCUACCGGGCAUGAAGGGACACAGAGGUUUCAGUGGUCUUGAUGGUGCUAAGGGUGACAGUGGUCCAGCUGGUCCCAAGGGUGAGCCUGGCAGCCCUGGUGAGAAUGGUGCCCCUGGACAAGUAGGCCCACGUGGUCUUCCUGGUGAGAGAGGCCGCCCUGGCCCAUCUGGUUCUGCCGGUGCUCGUGGUAACGAUGGUGCCGCCGGUGCUGCCGGACCCCCAGGCCCCACUGGUCCAGCUGGUCCUCCUGGCUUCCCUGGCGCUGUUGGCCCUAAGGGUGAAACCGGUCCCCAAGGUGCCCGUGGUGGUGAAGGCCCACAAGGUGCUCGCGGCGAACCCGGCCCAGCCGGCCCUGCUGGUGCUGCCGGUCCUUCUGGCAACCCUGGUAGCGACGGUCAACCCGGUGCCAAAGGCGCCAAUGGUGCUCCUGGUAUUGCUGGUGCUCCUGGUUUCCCUGGUGCUCGUGGCCCAGCGGGACCUCAGGGUCCCAGUGGCGGUCCAGGUCCCAAGGGUAACAGCGGCGAACCUGGUGCUCCUGGAAACAAAGGUGAUGCCGGCGCCAAAGGCGAACCUGGCCCCGCUGGUGUUCAAGGUCCCCAUGGCCCCCCUGGUGAAGAAGGCAAGAGAGGAUCCCGUGGUGAGCCUGGACCCGCCGGCUUGCCUGGACCUGCUGGCGAACGAGGUGCUCCCGGAGGCCGCGGUUUCCCUGGCUCAGAUGGCAUUGCUGGUCCCAAGGGUCCCCCUGGUGAACGUGGAUCUCCUGGCCCUGCCGGUGCCAAAGGAUCUACUGGUGAAGCUGGACGCCCUGGCGAACCUGGUCUCCCUGGAGCCAAGGGUCUGACUGGUAGCCCUGGUAGCCCUGGCCCCGAUGGCAAGACUGGACCCACUGGCCCUGCUGGUCAAGACGGACGCCCUGGACCUUCCGGUCCUCCCGGUGCAAGAGGUCAGGCUGGUGUGAUGGGAUUCCCUGGACCUAAAGGUGCUGCUGGUGAGCCUGGCAAACCCGGCGAGAGAGGUGCUCCUGGUCCCGUUGGCGCUGUUGGUCUUCCUGGUAAAGAUGGUGAAGCUGGUGCUCAGGGACCUCCUGGCCCAAGUGGUCCUGCUGGAGACAGAGGUGAACAAGGCCCAGCUGGAGCUCCCGGGUUCCAGGGUCUCCCCGGUCCUGCUGGUGCCUCUGGUGAAUCUGGAAAGCCUGGUGACCAGGGUCCCCCUGGUGACCUUGGUGCUCCCGGUCCAUCUGGCGCAAGAGGCGAGAGAGGUUUCCCUGGUGAACGUGGUGUCCAAGGUCCCUCAGGUCCUCAGGGCCCUCGUGGUGCUAAUGGUGCUCCCGGUAACGAUGGUGCUAAGGGUGACGCCGGAGCCCCUGGUGCUCCCGGAGGUCAAGGUGCCCCUGGUCUCCAGGGUAUGCCCGGUGAACGUGGUGCUGCUGGACUUCCUGGUGCCAAGGGAGACAGAGGUGAUGCAGGUCCCAAAGGUCUUGAUGGUGCUGCCGGCAAAGAUGGAAUUAGAGGGCUGACUGGACCUAUUGGCCCACCUGGACCUGCUGGUUCUCCUGGCGACAAGGGUGAAGCUGGCCCCUCUGGCCCUGCUGGCCCCACAGGUUCUCGUGGUGCUCCCGGAGAUCGUGGUGAACCAGGCCCUGCUGGACCCGCUGGAUUCGCUGGCCCCCCUGGUGCUGAUGGACAACCUGGUGCUAAAGGUGAAUCUGGAGAUGCUGGUGCUAAGGGUGAUGCCGGUCCCCCUGGACCUUCUGGAGCCACCGGACCUCCCGGACCUUCUGGUGCUGUCGGUGCUCCUGGACCCAAAGGUGCUCGUGGAAAUGCCGGACCCCCUGGUGCUACUGGAUUCCCCGGAGCUGCUGGAAGAGUUGGACCCCCUGGCCCAUCUGGUAACACCGGUCUUCCCGGCCCACCAGGCCCUGGUGGAAAGGAAGGCGCCAAAGGACCCCGUGGUGAGACUGGACCCGCUGGCCGCUCUGGUGAGGCUGGACCUGCUGGCCCACCUGGACCUCCUGGCGAGAAAGGAUCUCCUGGUUCUGAUGGACCAGCUGGUGCACCUGGUACUCCUGGCCCACAAGGUAUUGCUGGAAACCGUGGUAUGGUUGGUCUUCCUGGACAAAGAGGCGAAAGAGGAUUCCCCGGUCUUCCUGGACCCUCUGGCGAACCCGGCAAACAAGGCCCAUCUGGAGCUCAUGGUGAACGUGGUCCUCCUGGCCCAUCAGGACCACCUGGAUUGGCUGGACCCCCUGGUGAAGCUGGACGUGAGGGUUCUCCUGGUGCAGAAGGUGCUCCUGGUCGUGAUGGUUCUGCUGGUCCUAAGGGCGACCGUGGUGAAAGUGGCCCCGCUGGUCCCCCUGGCGCUCCCGGUGCCCCUGGUGCUCCUGGCCCUGUUGGCCCUGCUGGAAAGAAUGGCGACCGUGGCGAGAGUGGUCCCGCUGGUCCUGCUGGCCCUGCCGGUCCUGCUGGUGCUCGUGGUCCUGGUGGAGCCCCAGGUGCCCGUGGUGACAAGGGUGAGGCUGGCGAACAAGGUGACAGAGGCAUGAAGGGUCACAGAGGUUUCUCUGGUCUCCAGGGUCCCCCUGGGCCCCCUGGUUCUCCCGGUGAACAAGGUCCUUCUGGUUCUUCUGGCCCUGCUGGUCCUAGAGGUCCCCCUGGCUCUGCUGGCUCUGCUGGCAAAGAUGGUCUGAAUGGUCUCCCCGGUCCCAUUGGCCCACCUGGCCCCCGUGGUCGUACUGGUGAUGUUGGCCCCGCUGGUCCUCCUGGACCUCCUGGCCCACCUGGUCCCCCAGGCCCACCUAGCGGUGGCUUUGAUUUCAGCUUCCUGCCCCAGCCUCCUCAGGAGAAAGCCCAUGAUGGCGGCCGUUACUACAGAGCUGAUGAUGCCAAUGUGAUGCGUGACCGUGACCUGGAAGUCGACACCACCCUCAAGAGCCUCACCCAGCAGAUUGAGAACAUCCGUAGCCCUGAGGGAACCCGGAAGAACCCAGCCCGCACUUGCCGUGACCUGAAGAUGUGCCAUGGAGACUGGAAGAGCGGCGAGUACUGGAUUGACCCCAACCAAGGCUGCAACCUGGAUGCCAUCAAGGUCUACUGUAACAUGGACACUGGAGAGACUUGUGUCUACCCAACUCAGAACACCAUCUCCCAGAAGAACUGGUACAUCAGCAAGAACCCCAAGGAGAAGAAACACGUCUGGUUUGGUGAAGCAAUGGCCGAUGGCUUCCAGUUUGAAUACGGUAGUGAGGGAUCCAACGCAGCUGAUGUUGCCAUCCAACUGACAUUCUUGCGCUUGAUGUCCACUGAAGCCUCCCAGAACAUCACCUACCAUUGCAAGAACAGUGUGGCUUACAUGGACCAACAGACUGGCAACCUGAAGAAGGCUUUGCUCCUCCAAGGCUCCAACGAGAUUGAAAUCAGAGCAGAGGGCAACAGCCGCUUCACCUAUGGAGUCACUGAGGAUGGUUGCACGAGUCACACUGGCAGCUGGGGACAGACAGUCAUUGAAUACAAGACAACAAAAACUUCCCGCUUGCCCAUCAUUGAUGUGGCUCCCAUGGACGUUGGCGCCCCAGACCAGGAAUUCGGCCUUGAGAUUGGACCAGUCUGCUUCUUGUAAACCCCAAAGGAAACCUGACAGUUUAAAAAAUAAAAUAAAAAACAGCCAAAAAAGAAGGAAAUUUCACAUGGACUUGAAUUUGUGUCUUUUUCUAUCCAUCAUCUCUAAAACUAUUUUUGUUUCCAUUAAAAAAAAACAAAAAAAGCAUUAAACCAAAAAAAUAAAAAUAAAUGACUUUUCAAAAAUAAUUAAGGAAGUGCAUCCACUUGCUUGACUUUU